AUGAGCACGACUCCAGGAAGUGGAGGAUUCACCAUCCCCGCUGACAUGAGGGCGAUGUUGAGUAAGCCUGAGGAGUACAUCAGCUCUAAAAACGGUGGUGAGACUCUGAGGAAGAUGUAUCAAGCACAAUCGACCAGCUUCAAUCCCAACUUACUGUCUCACUUUGCGCUAUCGUGCUAUCUAGGAAUAGCUGAUGAAGUGAAGAAGCUGGUGUCGAGCGGCGCGGCCCCCGAUCUCACUGGUCACGAAACCGCGUUUCACAUUGGCUACGUUGCGUUUGCAGUCCUUGGAUCCCAGCGGGUCGUCAGUGGUCCGAAGAGCGCUCUUCAUUACCUCGUUCUUGUUAGGUAUCUACUGGAGUGCGGCGCCUCACCUGACAUCCCUGACGUUCCCGUCCUAUAUGCUCUCCAGGGCCGAAACGUCGAGUUGCUCUCGCUCCUCAUUGAUCAUGGCGCAGACCUGACUAUGAAGGAUGCCAACGGAGAUAGCUUUGAGUCUCUCUACGUUCACCAUGGUGCCAACCUGACGGCUGCCAUCAGUCAGAAGAUACGUAAGCUUACGGGGGAGGAAGGUCUCAUGGAGGACAAGAACUGUGCUAACUGCCACAAACGCCGGGAGCGAAUGAAGCAGUGUUCGGCGUGUCACACCACGAUGUACUGCUCUACGGAAUGUCAACAAUCUCACUGGAAGGCGCACAAACCCAGCUGCAACCCGUUCUCCGGCAAGAACACAGUCACAUUGAAGCUCACCUACAUGCCAAAGAGCAACUAUCUAGAAGCCGUCACGGUGUCGUCAGCCGACGUCACUCAGCGACUCUUUGGUGGUGUGCCGGACGACGGUUCCAAACUCAAGGAGUCGGUCGUCAAGAGCACUCGCGAGGCCUCCAAUAAGGGAAUGGUCAUCAAGAUUCAGGCGCCUGUAGACACGGACACGGGCGCAAUGCUCAUAUAUAACAAGAAGCGGGACUUCCAGUGCUUCCUUCACAGGGAGAGCUGCCCGGCGGCGUACGACGAGGUGCUCAAGGUGAUCCGCGCGCAUGGACCCGGGCGUCCGCGUGGUUUGAAGGCGUACUUUGCGUCUUACCUUAAAAGCAAGGACGAGCUCGUUGUCAAGGCCUCUGAAGUUCUCGCCGAACAGCCGUUUUAGACGUGCUUGUAUAUUUUUGCUAAUGGCUAUUUGACUUUGCUUUUUUGUACAUACCCGUAUUCCUAAUGUGCUUUACC